CCGUGACACUGGUGCUGUCACGUGACUGCAUUCCGAUUUAAUGAUACGCCUUACAAAAGCGAACAUUCACAGGAUAUUUGGAAAAGGAGUAAGUGGGAACGGUAGAGCAUACUGAAGUCUACCAUGAGUGGUGGGCAAGCCCCUGCCGGGGGGAUCAUCCAGUUCAAAUGGGACCCCAAGAAUCUGGAGAUUCGAACCAAGUCUGUGGAAAAAACAUUGGAACCCCUGGUGACGCAGGUAACCACAUUGGUGAAUCAGAAGGGACCAUCUAACAAAAAGAAAGGCAGAUCUAAGAAAGCUCAUGUCCUCAGUGCCGCAGUGCAGAAGGCUACAGAGAACUUCAUAGAGCGAGGGAAGGAGAUUUCUUCAGACAAUCCAGAAAUGAGAGCAGAGUUAGAAGCAGCUGUAGAGGAAGUUUGUAAAACAGGUAAUGUGAUGGGCACUGCCUCCCAGGAGUUUGCUGAUGACCCGUGUUCGUCCAUGAAGAGAGGGGCAAUGGUGAGGGCUGCCCGUGCACUCCUCUCUGCCGUCACACGCCUCCUCAUCAUCGCUGACAUGGUUGAUGUUCAGCUGCUUCUCCUCUCAUUAAGAGUUAUUGAAGAUGACCUGGAUCGUAUUAGAAAUGCUGCCAGUCAACAAGAACUCCUGAACAGUUUCAAUGACUUUGGACGAAACAUGGCUGAGCUCCAGGACAAAGCUGCUCGUCGUCAGGCUGACCUGAAGGAUCCACGACGGCGUGAUGAUCUGGCUGCUGCCAGAGCUGUGCUCAAGAAGAACAGUAUGAUGCUACUCACCUCAUCUAAGGCUUAUGUGCGUCACCCUGAGCUUGCUCCAGCCAAGGCUAACAGAGAUUACGCCUUCCAGCAGGUGUGUGAUGCAGUAAACACCAUAUCAGGAGUGGCUCAAGCUACAGGAGCCUCCGAGGCCCACCCGUAUGAGGGGGCUGGGGAGUUGGCCUCAGCUCUGGAUGAACUUGAUCAAAAGAUUAUCAUGGAUCCACUGUCAUUUAACGAGGUCCGCUCUCGCCCGUCACUGGAGGAGCGGCUGGAGAGCAUCAUCAGUGGCGCUGCACUGAUGGCAGACUCGUCCUGCACACGCGAUGAGCGGCGGGAGCGCAUCGUCCAGGAGUGCAAUGCUGUGCGACAGGCUCUGCAAGAUCUGCUGUCUGAGUACAUGAAUAAUUGUAGACGCCGUAAAAAACAAGUUAGACAUGUGGGAGUGCAGGUAACAGAGGCUGGGAAGAGAGAAGUGAGUGACUCGCUGGACCGAGCCAUAGAUAACAUGCAGAAGAGGACUCGAGAUCUUCGCAGACAGCUACGUAAGGCUGUGGUGGACCACGUCUCCGAUUCUUUCCUGGAGACCAAUGUCCCCCUGCUGGUUCUCAUAGAAGCUGCAAAGGCUGGGGACGAGAGGGAAGUGGAUGAGUAUGCACAAGUCUUUCAGGAACAUGCCAAUAAACUGGUUGAGGUUGCUAAUUUGGCGUGUUCUAUGUCAAACAAUGAGGAAGGUGUGAAGAUGGUCAGACUGGCCGCCUCAGAGAUAGAAACCCUCUGUCCACAGGUGAUAAAUGCUGCCCGUGUGUUAGCCGCUCGCCCGAGAUCUAAAGCUGCGCAGGACAACAUGGAGAUGUUCCGCGAUGCCUGGGAGAAACAAGUUCGCUUGCUGACAGAGGCUGUCGAUGACAUCACCACCAUUGACGACUUCCUCGCUGUCUCAGAGAGCCACAUCUUGGAGGAUGUGAACAAGUGUGUGAUUGCCCUCCAGGAGGGUGAUGCUGACACCCUGGAUAGGACUGCCGGGGCCAUCAGGGGGCGCUCAGCCCGAGUCUGUAAUGUUGUGUCAGCAGAGAUGGACAAUUACGAGCCCGGGCCGUACACAGACCGAGUGAAUGAGUCAGUCACCAUGCUGAAGGAUCAAGUGAUGCCAAACUUUGCGGCCAAGGUGGAGAUUGCUGUAGAUGCUCUGAGCUCAAAUCCGCAGCGUGAGGUUGAUGAGAAUGAGUUUAUUGAUGCCAGUCGUCUUGUAUAUGACGGUGUAAGAGACAUCAGGCAGGCUGUCCUCCUUAACAGAGGACCAGAUGAGAUUGAAUCCGACACAGAAUUUGAGUAUGAUGAUGAGUACGAGACCAGAAGCAGAUCAAGCCACACAGAGCAGGAGGACUGGCAAAAGAGUGACCGGGCCAUGAUGAGGAACCUGCCAGAGGAGGAGCGUCAGAAGAUCAUGGUUCAGGUGGAGGAGUUCCGCGAGGAGAAGGCCAAGCUGGACCGUGAAGUGGCCAAGUGGGAUGAUAGUGGCAACGACAUCAUCGUCAUGGCCAAACAGAUGUGCAUGAUCAUGAUGGAGAUGACAGACUUCACGCGUGGUCGAGGGCCCUUGAAAAGUACAAUGGAUGUGAUCAGUGCAGCAAAGAAGAUUUCUGAAUCCGGAUCAGGCCUGGAUAAAUUGGCCAGUCAAAUUGCAGAUCAGUGUCCAGAUUCAGAGUCCAAGAAAGACUUGGUAGCAUAUCUACAGAGAAUAGCAUUGUACUGCCAUCAGCUGAACAUUACCAGUAAGGUGAAGGCUGACGUACAGAGUGUCAGUGGGGAGCUCAUCGUCUCUGGACUGGACAGUGCAACGUCUCUCAUUCAAGCUGCCAAGAAUCUGAUGAAUGCUGUGGUUCUGACUGUCAAGGCUUGUUAUGUUGCCUCCACCAAGUAUCAAAAGCAUGCAGGCGUCAAUACACCUGUGGUAUUAUGGAAGAUGAAAGCCCCAGAGAAGAAGCCAUUGGUAAGGCGAGAAGAUCCGGAUGAGCGCCAUGCUAAGGUCCGUAAAAGUGCUCGCAAGAAGAAGAUUGAACCUGUCAAAGCUCUGAGUGAAUUCACAGAGCUUGGGUGAAGACUGAGAGACAAUAAAUCUACAACUUACAGUUUUAAUCAAAUGGCUCACACAAACUGUAAUUUGACCAAAGCAAAACAGUAUGGCAUUGUCAGCUGGAAUCAUGAAAUCAUCAUGGACUAAACAUUUUUAUGGGACAAAACUGGAAGAUUCGAUCUGGUGCUUUGAGAGCAGGUUUACACUUUUUUUCCUGAUUUUUUCUAUGUGUGAAAUCUGUAAUCAUCAUUGCUCAUUACGUUUCUCCAACGCACUGCUCUAUAGUAAUUGUUCUGUACAUGUAUCUGCAAGUUUGUGUUGAACUGCCCUGAUUUUUGAUGUCAUACUCUUGCAGCAUUGUAAAUGUGCCUUUGAUUAGACUUAGCAUAGGCAUAGAUCUUCACAUUUUGUAAUUUUUCAAUAUUUAUAUGCUUUAACAUUUUCAAAAUACACACCAUGCUAUACAUGCACAUAUAUGUUCAACAUUAUUCUAGCCCUAAACCUGGCAAAGUUAUGUUUUGAAUGAAGCUAAAGAGUUGGUGAAGAGAUUGGAGUUACAAAUUCUACAAGAAACAAUUUGAGUGCAAUUACACCAGUAAAACAGACCUGUGUGUUAAAAAGUGGGAGGAAUUAGCAGAGAUGUUUUAAAUUUGUUUCAUAUAUUUAUUGUACCAUUCUACAUCUUUUUUUUUUUUAAACACUCUUUAAUGUAUUGGUAGUUUUCUUAAUAUAGAUAUGCAUACAACUGAUUUAUAGAGGGCAACUUCAUGAAAACGCAUUCAAUUGUAUUUAUAUCUAGCUUUUUACAAGAGAUGAACAUUGGUUGUAAAAUCAUUGAAAUGUAAUUGGAGCAAAAGACAUUACAUACAGUUCAUUAGGUUGUGAAGUUACCAAUUUUCUAUUAAUUAUCACAUCCUUUUAUUCGCUUGAAGAUUUCUUCAUGCCACAAACUACUGCAUAUCGCAUCGCAAUUUUUUUCAUUUUAUACAUUAUUUACACAUAUCAUGAAUUAAAACGUUUUCAGAUAAACAUAAAGCAUAUCUAGCUGGCUACAUUGUAAUAUUGAAUUUGUGCAACUUUAUCUAGGAUGAAACAUAUACUGUAAUAUAUAUUUACACAUUUCAAAAGCUAAGUUGUUAAAAUGUGGCGUUGCAAAUAAAAGUAAGAAAUGUGAACAUAUAUGUAGUUGAUUUCUUUUUUGUAUUUCAUGUUACAUGCAACAGGAUUUCUUCGUGCACUGUUUCAAGCAAGCGCCAUUGGUGCCUAAUGCCCCAACCAGGAAUUGGCCAAUCAAUGGCUAUGUUACCAAAUCUCUAGGUGCACUAAAAAUACUUCUGUUCGUGGUGACAUCUUGCUCAACAGUCAGCACUGGGCAGUGUUGUUUGUAGCAUAGGAAGUUAUCAAAGAAAUUGUUAAUAGCUGCAAAAAGGAAAAAAUAAAUGAUACACUUGGAUUGUCGAUAUUUU